AUGUGGACCUGGUUGCUCUGUGCCCUCCUUUGUUUGCUCUUGGGAGCCCCGGCUGUGACCCAGGCUCAGGCUGGUUCACACAGGCUGCAGUAUUUCCACACUGUUGUGUCUCGGCCUGGCCUCGGGGAGCCCGUUUUUAUUAGCGUCGGCUAUGUGGACGACACACAGUUAAUGUGUUUCAACAGCGAUGCGGAUAAUCCAAGGAUGGAGCCGCGGGCACCAUGGAUUCACCAGAUGGGACCUGAGUAUUGGGAGGAGCUGACACUGGACGCCAAACAUAUCACACAGUUGGCUGGCAUUUACCUGCAUAAUGCAAUCCAGGUCUACAACCAGAGCGAGGACGACUCUCACACUUUCCAGUGCACCACUGCUUGCAAGGUGGGAACAGAGGGACAGCUCAUCAGGGCCUUUGAGUACCACGCCUAUGACGGCCAGGAUUACAUCUCCCUGAAUGAGGACCUGAGCUCCUGGACUGCAGCGGACUCUGCGGCUGAGAUCACCCGGCUCAAGUGGGAGGCUGGUGGUCUGGCAGAGCACAGGAGGGCCUAUUUGGAGCAGGAGUGUGUGGAGUGGCUUCUCAGAUACCUGGACAUAGGAAAAGAGAGACUUCAGCGCUCAGAUCCACCAAAGGCAUAUUUGACCCAUGACCCCAGACAUGAAGGUGAUGUCGCCCUGAGGUGCUGGGCCCUGGGCUUCUACCCUGCUGACAUCACCCUGACCUGGCAGAGGGAUGGGGAGGACCUGACCCAGGACAUGGAGCUUGUGGAGACCAGGCCUGCAGGGGAUGGAACCUUCCAGAAGUGGGCAGCUGUGCUGGUGCCUUCUGGAGAGGAGCAGAGAUACACAUGCCAUGUGCAGCAUGAGGGGCUGCCUGAGCCCCUCACCCUGAGAUGGGAGGCAUCUCCUCGGACCACCAUCACCAUCAGUGGAAUUGCUGUUGGCUUGAUUCUUCUUGGAGCUUUGGUCACUGGAGUUGUGACUGCCAUUGCGAUGAGGAGGAAGAGGAGUGGAAGUAGGGAAGGGGUAGGGUCUGAGGGUUUUCCCACUAUAGUGUUGAAGUCAUAGGUGGAAACGUGCCCAUCUCCCACAUCCACACUGGCAUGCUUACUCAAUCUAGGACUUUGUUUCCAGACUUUUGUAAAGCACAUGUGAAGAUGAGGGACAAAUAUUUCACACUGAUGGUUCUGGUGGUAUGGACAUGAUCUUAGCAGACACAGGUCAGACAAGGGGCCAGUUGGAUACAGGACUAUGGGACAGCACUUGGUCAUCUUUCUACACAUGACCUUUGGCUAUUUUUCCUGACCCUGAUGCAGGUUGACAGACACACUUCUGGAAGUUUCCUUAAAUUGCAUCACUAUGGGAAUUAUUUAAAAACUUUAUCACAUGGCACCCAAGAAAUAUAUAUAUAUAAAAUUUUCAUGAUUCUUUUUCCCACCCAAUAUUUAAACUCUUACACUUUAGGAGAGAGAGAAGAAGGGAGA